GAUCUGGCGUCGAUAAGCGUCGCGACGUCCAUCCAGUGGCAUAACGAGCGAGCGUCGCGACGUCCGACGCAAUCUUCCUAAGCGGACCGAUCGAGCCAACGAGCGAAAUAGAAGAAAAGAAAAGAAAAAAGUUAUUGCAAUAGAGUUGAGGCACUCGGCGGGAAUCGCGAGAUGCACUACAACAGCGGUGGAGCGUCCUGGAACGGCGCCCAGAGCGCGACCAGUUCACACCAGCAGCAAACCCCAUCGAAGGCUGCGAACGGCGGCGUCGACAUCGGCCCCAAGAAGACGGCGUUCAUAGUGUUCGUGGUCGUCGCGUGCUUCGCUGUAUUAUGGCCCAAAGUGUUUUAUCCAAUGAUGUUCGGAACGACGGACGAUCAGCUCAGGCCGAACGCAGUCGACAAGAGUGCAGGAUGUUGCGAUGUGUUUUCCGAUUCGGAUGUGACGACGAUUAAGAUUAUAUGGGAAAUGUGCGACGACAUAAUAAUACGGGAUGGGAAAGGAAGAAGAGGAAUAGACGGUGUCUUGGAGAGAUGCAGGUCCAAGGUGAUGGACACCUGCGGCAUCGACGUCGGUCCGCUGGUGUCGCAGGGAAGGGCGAGGGCAGAUCUAAAAUUCGGUACGCGGAUCAAACGGAUCCUGCAGGACCUGCGAACCCUUAACGGAUCGCUAUGCCUGAAGCACAACUUUGGCCUCGAUCCUCAACAUCUGGGGGUCGGCCACAAGGUCACAGCCGACUACAAAGCGACCAGUGUCCGGCAGGAGCGACCUCCGCACUUGAGGGCGGAGAUGCUGCAUCCUGCGUUCAAGGAAAGGGGAAGUGCCAUCCCCAGGUAUCAGUCAUCCUCUUCAUCAUCUUCUCCACCUGUGAGCGGUGGUAAUCUGCCAAAGGCGCAUACCAUUCCGAAGGGCGCUAAACUCGUCGAAGGACGACCCGGUCCGAUUCCCGGAAUGAGGCCGCCCAUGGGAGGCGCUGGACACGUCGUUCCACCAUCGCAAAAGGCCGGAAGCAUGGGCAUCAUCAUGCCCAUCUACACCGUCGCCAUCGUCGUCUUCUUCACGUACACCCUGAUCAAGUUGCUAUGCAAGAAGCAACCGGACGGUGCGGGUGGUGCGCUGUAUCCACCGGUCGAACCAGAUCCGCAGUUCCGGAGGGACGUCUUCGAGAGCGAACGAUGCAAGAUGCCCGCAAAGAGGGAUCAACCGUCCAGCAAGAUCGGAUGGAAGGAAAGGGACGCAAGGGAUGACGAGCUGGACCAAUUGAGGAGGCGGCUCCGCGAGACGGAAGUUGCGAUGGAGCGAAUCGUGGCGCAGAUGGCGCAGGUGCCUCUAGGCAGCGGCGGCGGUGGUCCUCCUCAGGAUGAUGCCGAUGGAGGAAGAAUCGCGAAACAGAAGCAUCCUCAGAAGAAGGAGGUUGAGGUGGACGAGGAGGAGGAGCAGCCGCAGGUGAAGGUGGUCGGUAUGGAGACGAGGGCCAGCUGCGAGGGCGGUCAGAGGUGGAGCAGCAACCAAUCGGUGCGUUCUGUUCUGCCGACGCCUCCGCCCCCGUUACCGCGGGACGCUCCCGAACCACCGAAGGAGAUCUUCUUGGAGGGAGCGCUUCCCGCGCAAUCUCAGCUGCUCGUCGCCGACGCCAAGAUCGAAACGCAGAGCUCCGACUCGGAGGAUGAUCCGGCCGUCGUCCUCGCCGGCAAGAUGACGCUCUCCGUGAUCAGCCUGGAUACGGCCGUCGAUGAAAGAGAGAACGAAGACGACGACGACGACGAUGAAGCGGAUGAGGAGAUGAACGGAGACGAUGAAUUACUUACUGAAUCCAAGUAUACGACAGUCAGCAGCGGCACCGCAGCAGAACACGAAGUAUCCGAUGAUGAUGAUGAUGACGAUGAUGAAGCAAUCACCGAUAAUGACGAUGACGACGACGAAGAAAGCCCAGAGGAGCAACAACUUAUUGAAGACAUCGAUACUAAAAAUGUCAAAGCCAAAGAAGAGUAAAGACAAUGAUAAUGAAUAUAGAUUGCCGAAUAAUUACGGACUACUACUACUCCUUCGCAACACUAUUCUCUCAAUCUCUCCAAAAUAGCAAAACAGAACAUUGAUACAGAUUUCUCUCGAGAAUUCUAGAAAAACAAAAAAUGCAUCGUGAGAAUUCCC